CACGGCGAGCUCAGCGCGAGCAGUGCCCAUCACAGAGACAGCGGAGGCGGAGGCGGAGACGGGGAAUUGCGCGUCUCAAGAUGGCAUUGUUGCAGAAUCCCAUGACGGAUCGCCGAUGUACGUACCCCACAUUUCGAGGCUGGAUCGAAACCUGACAGUCACGUGAAGGCAGCAGCUCUAGACUUCAACGAUGGCUGGAAUCUGCUCUGUAUGCCGGCGGGACUCCGUGAAGGCGCGUAUUUCCGACAAAACGACACAGGAUACGGCGUCUCGAAUCGCUGUUCGCAGCUCCGGCCUUUUUCGAACGACUUGGUCCGUCUGCCUCGAACCAUGCAGCUUCUUCGAGUGCUACGCAAGCCGGAUAUCUCCACGGGACACAUCGCAUCCUAUCGGGGCUGAUGGCGCGACGUUUAACGGGGCCUAUAUCGGACUGUGUAUAAGAACGCCGUGGUUGGUAGUGUGGUACGGAGCACACUCAGGGAACCUUCCAAGGGUUGUCAGGGACGCAGUGGCUCGUAGUGGACUGCGGUGCUGCGGCGCAGGGCGCCUAGGUGCGCAUGCAAGGGCGGUACCUAGGUACUCAUCAAGGAGGCGACAGGUCUGCUGGAGGUAUGUAGUGUCGCACGUAACCUUGGAAUGGAGUUUGCGUUUUCUUAUAGGCCCCUUCCCUUUCAGUCCUAUCACGAGCCCCGCUGACAAAGCCGCUUGAAACCUUGGAAGGCGCUGUGCGAGGUGGCCUGCCGAAUUCGCUGUGCACAACAGCACCCCACAAGAAAUUCAGGUCCACGACAUGGCGUCCUCGAGGCGUACCGCAUCCUCAACAUUUCCGCACCUGGGGCGGCGGCAGCACCAAUGGCCUUGGAGUCGUUACCACUGUGGUACGAGCAAGAGUCCGCGCAUGAUUGACUCAACUCGGCGACGCUCCGUUAGCGCGACAUCACGGUGCUCAGCAGCGAAGAAAGCACCGCCCACGCCGCCCACGCAGCCUGCCGAUGGCCCCAAGAC